GCCAAAACACAGCUCCUCCCUCCUACUUAAAAUAAAGGCUUUAGUUCUAGGGUCAUUUAAAAUCCAUUAUCUAAGCAACUAGUCAUUGAACAGACUUCAGCGGUGUUGCAGAAGAAUUUGUUUACAACUGGACAAUUAAUUAUUCACAUAGAGUAAGUUUGGAACUGCAAUUUGGAGGAUGAAGUUUGGAAGUGAGGUAAUAAUGCAUAUGCAAUAAGUACUGAGAAUAAUACUCAUAAUGCAUUGUACCCAUCAGAUGUGAGUAACCGUGGGAGAGUGGGAAGAACACAGGGACGGAGGUCGGGAGACUUGGUGGCUUGCCAUCUUUGUUUCAUUCAUUCAGGAAUUUCAUCUGUUCACUUGAGAAACCUAGUGGCAUUCCCAAGCAUAAAGCUCUCCCAUGAGCUUGGAUUUUGAAAAAACAAAAGCCAGCAAGAGAGGAGAUUUCAAGGUAUUAAGUCUUGGAGAAAUGGCUUUCAUGUGUUUGGAUAUCAGAUGCCUAUAUACCUUCAUUAUUUGCACAGCAUUAGGCUCUACGUUGUCUUCAAAUAUUGAGAUAAUAGUUAAUCCUCCUCAGGAUUUUGAGAUAGUGGAUCCCGGAUAUUUAGGUUAUCUGUAUUUGCAAUGGCAACCUCCACUGUCUAUGGAUGAUUUUAAGGAUUGUCCAGUAGAAUAUGAGUUAAAAUACCGAAACAUUGAUAGUGAAAGAUGGAAGACCAUCAUUACUAAGAAUCUAUAUUACAAAGAUGGAUUUGAUCUUAACAAGGGCAUUGAAGCAAGAAUACACACAAUUUUGCCAGGACAAUGCACAAAUGGAUCAGAAGUUCAAAGUUCAUGGACAGAAGCUACUUACUGGACAUCACUACAAGGAAAUCUGGAAACUAAAAUUCAGGAUAUGGAUUGUGUAUAUUACAAUUGGCAAUAUUUACUCUGUUCUUGGAAACCUGGCAUGGAUGCAAAUUCUGAUACCAAUUACAACUUGUUUUACUGGUAUGAGGGCCUGGAUUAUACAUUACAAUGUGUUGAUUACAUCAAGGCUAGUGGAAAAAAUAUCGGAUGCAAGUUUCCCUACUUGGAAUCAUCGGACUAUAAAGAUUUCUAUAUCUGUGUUAAUGGAUCAUCAGAAUCCAUGACUAUCCGAGCCAGCUAUUUCAUUUUUCAGCUUCAAAAUAUAGUUAAACCAUUGCCACCAGGUUAUCUUAGUCUUUCUAUGAAGAAUUCCGACUAAGUUAACCUAAAAUGGAGCAUACCUACAGGACCCAUUCCAGAAAGGUGUUUCAUUUAUGAAAUUGAAAUUGAGUUUACAGAAGAUGAUACUACCUGGCUGACGACAACAGUGGAAAAUGAAAUGUAUAUCACAAGAACCUCAAAUGAAAGCCAACAAUUAUGCUUUUCAGUAAGAAGCAAAGUGAAUAUUUAUUGCUCAGAUGAAGGAAUUUGGAGUGACUGGAGUGAGAAACAAUGCUGGAAAGGUAACAUAUGGAAGGAAACUUUGCUAUUUUUCUUGAUACCAUUCGCUUUUGUCUCAUUAUUUGUUUUGUCAAUAACUUGUCUGAUUUUUCAUAAGCAAAAAGCUUUAUUGAAAAUGGUUUUUUAUACGAGGAAGGAAGUUUUCCCUCAAGAGACAAUGUGUUGACCUACAAAUUUCCAAUCACAUGGCCCAAUGUUAAAUGAGUCUCAUUCAAAUGAAUUUUUUCUUUAAAUGUUGAAUACGUCUUUUAAAAAUUAUUGUUGUAUUUAAAUAGAGCGCUCAAACUCUCA